AUGAAAGAACCCAGGAUUUUCCCUAGAGAGCGGCCAACUCCUUGGACUCGUGCUCAGUUGCCACCUCGAGGACGGCUCGACGGUUCCAUGGGACCACAGGGUGGUCCUGUUUUGAACACAGGCCACCCGCUAGGCAUGAAUUCUGAUCCCUUCCUUAUGGCAUCCAGUUCUCUUGGUGGAAAUCUGGCCCCAUUUCCAAGGAACCCUUCGCCUUUUCCAACCUCAUCAGGCUCAUUGGCUUCAAAUCCAGCACCUUUCCCUACUGGUGCUCGUGACCCAAGCAUGGCUUCUUUUCCAAGAGGGAUGAAUCCCGCUGGUGCAGGUGCAGUUUCUUUCCCAAGGCCUGGUGGCCUGUUGGGCCCGGGCCCAGGCCCAGGGCCAUCCCUAAAUCCUAGGGCAGGGGCUCUUCCAGGUCCAGGGCCUCUGUCUAACCCAAGGUUAGGGGGUCUUCCAGGGCCAGGUCCUAUGUCUAACCCAAGGUCCGGUGGUCUCCUGGGAACAGGUCCUGACUCCAGAAGUGGUGGCCCUAUGGGCCCUGGGUCUGGGCCCAACCUGAGAGCAGGUGUCCUGUUGACUUCUGGGAAUGGUCCUCCUAAUCCUAGGCCCGUUGGCCUGGGACCAGGACCAAGUCCUAAUCUGAGGUCAGGGUUUGUUAGUACAAACCCUGCCCCGAGGUCGGGUAUGUUUCCAGGCCCAGGUCUUGGGCCCAGCCCAAGGGCUGGUGGCCUGGGCCCAGGUCUUGGGCCCAACCCAAGGGCAGGUGGCCUGGGCCCAGGCCCUAAUAUGGAUACCAGAGCAGGUGGCCUCCUGGGCACAGGAUCUGGUCUUAACUUAAGAAUGGCUGGACCUCAAGGCCUAGAUCUUGCCCCCAUUCUAAGAGCAGCAGGUCUUUUAGGAGCAAAUUCAGCUGCUUUCUCACAGGCUUCUGGAAACAUGGGCACAAGCCCAUCCUCUAUGGCAAGAGUACCUGGACCCAUAGGCCCAAACUCGGGUCCUGUCUCUCGGGGAAUUGGCCUUCCUGGGCCAAACCCGUCUCCCAUGUCCAGAGCUCCUGGCCCCCUGGGUCCUAAUUCAGCUCAUUUUUCAAGGCCAGCUGGGCCCAUGGGGGUAAAUGCUAAUCCCUUUCCAAGGGGGACAGGUUCAGGGGGGCUGAAUCCAGUUUCCUUCUCUCAGUCCUCUGGCACAUUGGCUUCAAAUCCAUCUACCUUCCAGAGGUCUGCUGGCCUCCAGGGCUCAAGCCCAGCAAUUUUCCCAAGAACCUCUGGGCCACUAGGCCCCAACCCAGCUAACUUCCCAAGGGCCAGUGGCUUACAGGGUCCAAGUCCGGCUGCCUUCCCAAGGUCUACUGGCCCAUUAGGACCUGGUCAGGUUAAUUUCCCCAGGUCAGCUCCUGGGCCCCUGGGCUCUUCUCCAGCAGGCCCUGUGGGUAUCAACCCAGGUCCUUUUGCAAGGCCAACUGGGACCCUGGGUCUAAACCCAUCUUCCUUUCCAAGGAUGAAUGGUCCUGUGAGCAAGACUUUGGUCCCAUUUCCUAGAGUGGGGAGCCUCCCUGGCACAAACCCAGCUGCUUUCCCCAGACCAGGGGGUCCAAUGGCUGCAAUGUACCCAAAUGGGAUGUUACCCCCUUAAACACCGUUUUCUCUCCAGGACCACUUUGGUUUUCAAGCACCGUGGUUCUGGGCAGGGGCUGUGUUAUAAGUGAAAGGGUAGAUGUGGAGCUACCGUCUGAAGUACAUAGCUGGGGCUCAAGUUCAGAUGAGCCAUCUUUUUCCUCUGCUUUCUUGACUGAAGGUGAAAUGUCCUAUGUGGGAGAUGGACUACUACAGGUGGGAAUGAUCCUGGCCUUUAGAGAAAGGAUCUCCAGCCCUCCAGAAGCCUGCUGUGCAUUUGUCCCACAGCUUUCUGCCCCUGCCCCUUGUUUCUUAACUGGUUUCUUGAAUUGUUCACGUGGACUUUUCCUCAGGGAUACAUUGGCCUGCAGGUCCCAGUUCAUAUGUAGUCCCCUGCUCACCACUGGAGAAUCAGCUCACUGCUCUCUAGAAAUGUUGCAUUGGUGAACGGACCAUGCUUCAGCAGUUCUGACCUGGGCAGCUUGGACCUGGUCAUCCUCUACUGCCAUACCUUUCCCUGGGGGCUUGAACACAGAACAGGGAGGUGGGCAACCACAUUAAAGACCCACCAAAUACAAUGUCUGCUUGAUUGACUGGGCCUGCAGCUUCCUUCUCCUGGGACUUAGAGGAGGCCAGAGUCAAGGCUCCACCGCUCAUCUAACUCCUCUCCACUAGUACUCUGAUCAAAGAACCUCAAAAUUUAAACUGAUAUGGAUGGGAAUUGGGGUGGGGGGGUGGGGGGAGAAAGGGGAGAAAUCACUGUGCUUCGUUCAGCCUGACGUGAAAGGAUGGUUGGUGUUUUUCCUGCUUGUAUCUUUUCUUACCGUUUCUUUAAUAAAUGGGAUGACAGGG